AAAUUAAUUCUAGGUUUUUGAGCUACCCUCUUCACUGUCCUGCGGCGCCACAAUUUUGCUACGAAUUCUCAACGGAUUCGUUAGAUAGAUCGUAGCAACAAUGGCAGGAGGGAAGAUAAGGAAGGAAAAGGGAAAACCUUCUUCACAACACACACCAUAUCAAGGUGGAAUUUCCUUUCACAAAUCAAAAGGUCAACAUAUUCUCAAAAAUCCAUUACUUGUUGAUACUAUUGUGCAGAAAUCUGGUAUUAAAACUACUGAUGUUGUUCUUGAAAUUGGUCCUGGUACUGGGAAUUUGACUAAGAAGCUUUUGGAAGCUGGUAAGAAGGUUAUUGCUGUUGAAAUUGAUCCUCGUAUGGUUCUUGAGCUCAAUAAACGGUUUCAAGGAACACCCUCUAGCCGCCUCACGGUUAUCCAAGGUGAUGUGCUGAAGACUGAACUUCCAUAUUUUGACAUAUGUGUGGCGAAUAUUCCGUAUCAAAUAUCUUCUCCUCUCACAUUCAAGCUACUCAAGCACCAACCUGCAUUUAGGUGUGCAAUCAUAAUGUUCCAGAGAGAAUUUGCCAUGAGAUUAGUUGCUCAGCCAGGUGACAAACUCUAUUGUCGUCUUACGGUAAACACUCAACUCCAUGCGCGAAUCUCUCACCUUCUUAAAGUUGGAAGAAACAAUUUCAGGCCUCCACCAAAGGUUGAUUCUUCCGUGGUACGGAUUGAGCCUAAAAAGCCCCGUCAUGAAGUUAAUCAAAAGGAGUGGGAUGGAUUUUUAAGGAUUUGUUUUAACAGAAAGAACAAAACACUUGGUGCAAUAUUCAGGCAAAAGAAUGUGAUAUCUAUGCUUGAAAAGAAUUACAAGACUGUGCAGGCACUAAAACUCUCGCAAGAAGGUUUGUUGAAGGAAGCAGACACUAAAGUUGACUUCUCUAAUUUUGCUGAUUUUGUUGACGAUCAAGGGAUGGAGAUGGAUGAUGAUGGAGUAGAUGACAAUGAUGAGGAUGAAAUGGAUGUUGAAGAUGGGGGGCCAUCUGAAUUCAAAGACAAGGUUUUAGGUGUUCUGAAAGAAGGAGAUUAUGAAGAGAAGAGAUCUUCCAAACUCACCUUGCUGGAGUUCAUAUACCUGCUUUCUCUAUUUAACAAAUCUGGCAUUCACUUCACCUGAUUUUAUUUUAUUUAUCCUUUUCCAAUUUUGUUUUUAAUAUUUCAGUCGAUGCUAGUAUCUACUAAGUUAGUUUUUUUGAAAAGAAAGUAGUAUCAGAUAAAUGGUCUUUGCUACUUCAGCAUUAUAUUUUGUUGAGCUCCUUCAUAAGCUUAUGCUACCUGAUAUAUAAUCUAUAGCUGAACCAGAUUGAAUGUUAUUUUUUUGUAAUGCUUUAUGAGGGGAUCUAUGUUUUAUUCAAAUAUAUAGUGAUAUCUCUAUUUUCU